AUGUUCUCUUACGUCGUUUGUAUCUUCCACGCUCUCUGGGCCAUCAUCUGCGCCUUGUUCGCCUUGGCUGGAACCAAAGACUCCGCCUUGAACGUCGACCUCGACGUUCCAUCCGCUGCUACCGAUGCGGAAGCUGGAUUUGAAGUCUAUGGUGCCUUGUCCAUUGCGCAGAUCUCCGCGCAGCCUCAGAACACGGAAGUCGUCGAGGAGCCCCAACCUUGCGAACAGUUCGAGGACCCCGUCGUUGCUGAAUCGCGCGACAUCACCUUCGGAUCGUCUCUAUUCUCUUUGGGACGUCUCUCCACCAUCGGGGAGCUCGAGGAGGCUGACGACUUCGACGUCAGGAUCCAGGAAGUCGGAGGCGCCGAAGCGAUGGCUGACAUGGCCAGAACAACUAGGGAAGGGACGCUUAAGGACGAGAGCCAGGAUGUUACCGAGGACGGAGACGCUCCCGCGUCGUUGUAUCAGCCAGCCACCCAAGAAUACGAAGAAUACGGUUAUAGAUCUGAGGAAGCAAGCUACUUUUCCUGGGCCCAGUACGACGUUGUUGCCGAGAAUGCUUACAAGUCAGGAAUUAGCCCAUCCGUUGGUCAUUACGACUUUAAGAUGUUACAAGCGCAAGAGGAAGAGGAAGAAGAAACAACCCAAGAUCAGAGCGACGCCCCUAUGGAGUUGCAGGAGCUCACUCCUGCUCCAUCGCGUUACUCACUUGGUCGUCUCUCGACAAUUGAGGAAGUCGACGAAGAGGAAGAGAUCGAAACAGGGGACCAGGCAGCUGGCCCCGAGGCGAUGGGAAGGAAUCGGGUCGCACGAAGGACUUGGGCAGGCAGCGACAACGACGACGACGCAGUCGCACUUGCACUUGCAGCUUUCACUAAAGACAAUGACUGCGAAUACUACGGCAUUUGCGGCGGCACUAUGGAACUGGAAUCACCUAGCUUACAAGUGGCUCAGUGGAGGCAACUUGUCCACGAGGCCUUCAAAUCGGACGCCAACUCCCUCUUCGCCUUUUCAGCAACGCACGUCAAGAAGACUGACUCAAUUUCGUUUGAUGACUGGUCUAGAUCCUCCUCCAUUUCAUCUCCCCACACCCCUACCCCAACCCGUGAAUCCCCUGAUGGCAGCCACGCUUCCUCCUCCCCCUCCAAGGCAGGCAGAGUUCGAUGCAACAUGUCCAGACAGCUACUUUGUAGUCCUCUGUUGACUAACGCAUCCUCCCCCUCCCUUUCCUCCACCUCCUCCUCCUCCUCUCUUCUCGCCACGCCGCCAUUGGGAACUUGUUCAGGGUUUGGGUACUAUCCGUUGGCUCUGGUCAUGCCCUCGUUCUUGGGCUCGCCAGAGCCAAUUUCUGGGGAAGAUGAAAUGAAGAGUUUUGGACCAGGUCCAUCGUUCGUUCCAGAUGUCUUCUGUGAUGUCAACGCUGAAGAAUGUGCGAAUUCGACCGUUUCUACGGCUGCGACUGUUACGGUUGCCGCAGUCGAAGUCGGUGCUGAUGUCCUUUUCCCAAAGAUGUCAGGGAGUAUAUCGUUUGGCGAGCUUCUCGGCGAAUAUCCGACAGCCGACAAACUAUUUGAGGGAAUUCCAUACUUUGGAUCUUACGAGACACUUUACCUCAAGCCUGCGCCGCCUCACGCACCAGAACCCAGCAUCGCUGUCACAGUGCCUGCCUUGAUCUCAUCAGUUCAACCAGCCGCGGCAACCAACAGCAUCGACUCGCUGCCGACUUGUUCAAGUUCAAGUUCCCGUGUGACAAUUCCAGCCACCUUCGUGGAUCAUUCGAAAAGCAGUCGGCUCGACUUCCCUACAGCCGACAAGCUAUUCGAGGGGAUUCCAAGUCUCGGAUCCUUCGAAACGCUAUACCUCAAGCCUGCGUUACCAUACGAACAAGGCCCAAGUAUACCCUUUCCAGUGCCUGUACCAGUGACCUCAUUGGCCAACACGCCAUCUUGCACGACCGUUGGUGAUGCAAUUGCCCGUGUCCAUGUCAGGGCCAACCCGAUGCCGCCAAGUUCGAGUUCCCCGGCGAUAAUUCAAGUCGGCUUUGUGGAUGACUCGGAAAGUGAUCAAUGGCAUCCCGAGGAUAGGCUGAUACCAGCAAUGGUUAGACACAGUGUUGGAGAACGACGCGUUUACGAAGUGUCAUUGGCCGGGUGCAUUCUUUUCUAUCUCCUUCUCUUGCCUUCUUUGACUUUUUCUUCCUUUAUUUCUUCGUUUCUUUAG